AUGGCAGAGUGUCCGAUAGCCCAGAUCAACGAAGACGAUGAAGACACCCAAGAUCGAGUCAGAAUUGAACUGCAAGGGUACCUGAAUAAGUGGACCAACUUCUUACACGGCUGGCAAAAGCGCUAUUUCGUACUGAAGAACGGCACCUUAUUGUACUUCAAAUCUCAAUCUGAAACCGAGUGUGGAUGCCGCGGUGCAAUAAGUCUUCUGAAAGCAACUGUCAAGGUGCACGAAGUAGACGAUUGCCGUUUUGAUGUGUCGCUAAACGAUUGUGCUUGGUAUUUGCGAGCUGACUCGUCAGCAACUAAAAAUCAUUGGAUAGAUGUCAUAGAUUCGCUUAAAGCUGAAUCUGGGUACGGCAGUGAAAAUAAUCUGAAGCGCAAUGGCAGUUCACUUUCUAUAUUAUCCAGUAAUAUGUCGACCAUGUCACCUGUGUUUAAGAAAAAUAAAGGCUUGCAAGAUAAACUCAAUGAACUUGUAGCAUUUAGGGGUAUUUUAAUCAACCAAAUUGACCGACUUCAAAUGUAUUUCGAUACAUGUUUAGCAGAAUUUGCCUCUUCGAAUGAAGGUGUAUCAAAAAAUGAAUCCUAUCAAAAAUAUACAUGCGAAGCUUUAGAUUUCAAAGGUGAAGCAGUAGCAUUUAAAGCAACAUCGUCUGGAAUUUUAGAAAUUUUAAAACAUUGUAUUGAAGUUAUGAAUCAAAGAGAGACAGCUUGGGAAUCUAUGUUGGAGAAAGAAAUAAACAACCGGAAAGAUUUAGAAGAAGUAGUUCGGACAUUAUCUCUAGUUGAUGGGCUCACAGAUCAGGAGAGAGCCCAAGUACUUGCUGGAGCUGAUUUAACUGAACAUUCUACUUUGGCUGAAGAUGAAUUUUAUGACGCUGUUGAAUCAUCCAAUGAUAAUUCUGCCGAGGAUGCUAAACAAAGAAAAGAUCAGUUACUACAAUGUACUAAAAAUAAUGUUCAAACAGCUCAGACCAAUUGGGGUGAGCUGAUAAGAGCUGCUGCCACAAAUGCUUCUUUGAAACAUACAUAUUGGCCAGAAAUCGAGCGAGUAGUUGCCGAGCAAAUUAGAUCAGCUCGUAUGGGUCUUGGUAAAGGAGCUUGGCAGUUGUUUGUCGAAGAUGGGGAAAUGAAGAUGUACCGAAGAGAAGUCGAAGAAGAUGGAUUAGUUGUUGAUCCUCUGAAAGCAACUCAUCAAGUGAAAGGAAUAACAGGUCGAGAAUUGUGUCAUUACUUUUUUUAUCCUGAAUACAGAUAUGAUUGGGAAGGUACAUUAGAAACAAUGAAUGUCGUUGAUAAAAUUGCCGAAGACACUAUAUUAUUCCAUCAGAUACAUAAACGCAUUUGGCCAGCAGCACAACGUGAUGCUACGUUUUGGUCACAUCUUACACAUGUUCCUGAUGAAGAGAAUAAGUCUGAAGACAGUCCUCACAUGUGGGCUACCGUCAAUAGUUCAGUAGAAUUACCAUCACAUCCUCCUAAUGGAGGUAAACAGGUUCGUAUUUAUCUGACUAUUAUUCUCAUGGGUCAAACAAUCAUAUCUCCCGCAGCGAAGGGCCGUGAGAUAAAACGAGAUGAUAUUACAUGUAAAAUUACUUAUUGUGCUGUUGUAAACCCAGGCGGUUGGGCACCAUCUUCUGUUCUCAGGGCUGUGUAUAAACGAGAAUAUCCAAAAUUUUUAAAACGUUUCACUGCUUAUGUGUUAGAAAAAACAAAAAACUUGCCGAUAAAACUUUGA